UUUUAGCCGGCGGUGAAUGUUUUCGGUGGCUGUGUUUAUCAUUGUGCAUAAACACGUAAGUUUGUAUAGUUAAACACAUUCCGUUAUAUAAAUGAAAUUUAGAUUAGCUAUAUAUGAAUUAAAAUGCGUUCAUUUAAAGGCGUGGGGUAACGUAUGUGUUACUAGUCCGUGUUUAUUGUCUAGUUUUAAAUUGUCGGAUUUAUGGUCGCUCAGUUUAAAUGGGCUUUAUCUUAGUUCACUUAUAUCUAGGUCAGACUACCAUAAAUCCGACAAGAUAUCCGGCUAAGCUGGAAAAUACUGUUUCGUGAUACAGCCCCCUGGUCUUUAUUUCUUUUGGUACGCAGGAACAUUUUUUUUCAAACAAGAAUAACACUGAAAUUGCAACGCUAAAAAUGUCGUGCAUAGACAUUUUAUAUGAGAAGGUUCACCAGGGCCACGACCCGCGGUGGUCUGGGCGCGCGGCCUUCCCUGGGGGCAGGGUGACCACGUUCUGCGUCGCGUGUGUCAUGGAAGUGAUGGAGAACGAAGACGCGUCGUCAGUGCGCAAGUCUGUGGCUUUGGUUAGUGUCAGUGAGGUGCUGAGAGGAUGUCCUGAGGCCCUAAAGCAGGUGCUUCUGCAGGAUCACAGGGUCAGCCUGCACUUUGUCAGCAGUCUUCUGGGUAUGCUUCAAACCACGAAGGAGCCGUUCACCCUGGAGCAAGUGAUCCAGGUGCUUGUUCAUCUGCUCCUGGAGCUACAGAGCGAGCAGUGCGUGCAGUAUGUUCUGGAGGAGGUACAGGCCCAGCUGUGUGAUCAGGCCAGCUUGCGAGAAUCACUGCCCACCUUCAACUUCUUGGGAAAAUUGCUGGACGUCAUGCCCGCUCUGUCCCAAGCCCUUGUCGCACAUCAUGUGUCCCUGGUGGAGCAGCUGAGCAUGGCAUUGCUGCCCCAAGAUGAAGCACUCAAGGCGUCUGUGUGCUACGUGUUCCACAGGGUGUGGGCGUGUGUUGGGGCUGCCCAAGCCCUACUCCCAGCCCUCAAGGACAGGGUCUGCAUCCAGGUUUUGCACACACUGCACCAUGCCUGCUCUCCACAGCUCACCAUCAACUGCCUAGGCUUCCUGAAGGAGGCGCUAAAGAUGGGUGAUAUCGUGUCCCUGCUGAUGAACCUUCCCACGGAGCGGGAGCCCCAGCUGAGCGUGGAGACCUGCUGCCUUCCGCUGGUCCUCAAGAAGCUGUUGCUGAGUGGAGAUGAAAGUCUGCAGGUGGCCAGUGCCCAGUGCAUAGCUGCUGUACUGGUGCACUCCCCCAGCCAGUACUGUCCUGCCUUCAUCCAGGCCGACAUUCCCGAGUUCCUGUGCGAGCGCCUUUGCAGCCGUAGCGAGGUUCUGCUGUGGUCAGUGUAUAGCUGCCUGCUGCUGAUGACGGAGGACCCGCUGUUUUUCUCCCAGUGUCAUUCUGUUUACGGUAUCGAGCCCCUCGUGCGCAGCCUGAAGGAGGCGCUGACCCUGACCAGCGCGGAGGUGCAGAAACAGGGCCUGAUGCUGCUUACCGAGAUCUUGGACCGGCAGCCGAUCAGACUGGGUCUGUUCCCCAGUGCUCUGGUGUUUGCCGGUGCAGUAGAGGUGGUGCUAGAGGGCAUCUCCUCACCCUGCCUGCAGGUGGCGACACAGGCUGCCUCAGCUGCCACGGCCCUGCUCAGGUUAAACCACCAGUCCAGCCCUGUGCAGUACAGAGAGCUGAAGAAGGUGGUGGAGGCUGUGAUGGACAGAUGUAAGGAGCUGCCGUUGCCCACCGCUGAAAAUCGCAGGGCCUCACAGAUGGGGGCAGGAGCCAGGGGUCAGUCCUCUACUGCGGGGGCCUUUCUGCUGCAGGCCCUGACCUGCUUCCAGGCAGCCUGCAGAUUGGCAGAGCAGUGUGCCGGGGUACCGGGCAUGGAGGAAAAUGCAUUCACCGCCCCAGACCGGCCUACUGAGGACAACACUCUGGGCUCCUUCUGCCAACACCUACUGCGCUAUUGUGACACAGCCUGUAUCCCUGUUGUCACUCGGCACUGUGAGAGGGCCCCCAGCCCCUCAGUGCUGCAGUCUCUCUUCAUCAUCCUCUGCUGCCAGUUCUCCCUCCUGCCUGCCAUGAUGCCCCUUUUCUGUGCAAAGCUGGCAUCCUCUGGUUUCUUUGGAUUCGCUCUGAAGCACAAAGCUGCCUUCUGUGCAGGAAACAGGAACCCAGCACUGAACACCGCCUGUGCCGAAUUCCUGCAGAGGCUCAGCAUGUGCCUGCUGGCCCAGCUGGAGGGAGCCGACAGCGUCCCCCCACCAGACAGUGAGGAUGUCUUACGGCGCUGUCUCCCAUCCCUGUGCUGCCGGCCAGCCGAUUGGUCCUCGCUGCUGCGGGAGGCGUCCGCAGGGCUGAGGACGACGCAGUACGGCCUGCUGAUGCUGCUCUACCUGGCCAUGCAACACGGAGACAGGCUGCUGCCAGACCCUGCAGUCUUCUCCGGCACCCUGUCAGUGCUCUGCUUGGUACAGGUGCAGGGGGAUGAACCCACUCCCUUGUGUAUCCUGCGAGCUGCCCUCUAUCUGCUGUCCGUCACGCAGGACGGGAGCCCCGAGCUUGCCUCGGCUCCCCUUCUCUGCCUCCGGAAGGCGCUGUCCCGCGCCCCAGGCCUCCAGCCCCUGUACACCCACAACCCCGCCCUGCUGCACUUCAUCUUCCGCUACCCCGAGCUGGCAGAGCCGUUCGGUGCCGGCGUCCUGGAGCUGUGGUUCACGCACAGCAGCCGUGACCCUGCUGCGGAGGGGGCGGAGCCCAUGGGGCCGGACCGGGACUGCGAUGAUGUCACUGUGCUGCUGCGCCUGAUGGGGGAAAAGCCGACGGCUGUUCUGACACUGCUGGGCCUGGUCUGCAGGGGGGAGUCCCCGCUGGCCCACCGAGCUCUGCGAGUGCUGAGCAGGUUCUUACAAGGCCAGCCCCAGUGCGACACGGCCAUCCUGGACCUGCGUCCCCGACUGCUGCAGGUCCUCCAGAGACUGGCAGUGGAGCAUAGCCAAGCCGAGCUGGGAGCGCAGACCUCGCUGACACUGGUCCUGCAGCUGCUGUGUCUGGCGCUGACCUCUGACGGUGUGGCCGCAGACGUGGACAGCACAGACUUUAAGCUUCUCUUCCACGUGAGUAACCUGACGGCCAAACUGAAGCCCUCCGACACACAGCCUCUGCUACUGGCCAUCAACUACCUGUACUGCUGCCUGUCGCUGUCGCCUGCACAUUGUGCAGACAGAGUGGUGUCCAUACUGCUGUGUAAUGCUGCACUGCUGGAGCAGCUGCAGAGGGCAUUGUCCUCCUCCUCUGUCUCCCUGCUCUGCGGGGCUCGUCUGCUCCUGUCCUCACUCCUCACUCGGCACGACGCUCAAUCCACACAGGUCCAAAAAAGGAUUUCUUUGAACCUGGAUGAAAUCGUGCAGCUGCUCACCUUAAGGAAGAGCCAGACUGACAGCCUUUUACUCGCCUGUUCCAUCCAACUGCUUCAGACACUCUUGGACCUGGACCUUCAGUCUCCUCUGCUCCUUCUAACAGCUGAAACUUUCGACUGCCGCCCCCUGCUGGAGACGGAGGCCACCCUGCAGCCGCUGGGCUCCCACCGGGCACGCUGCCUGCUUACCGCACUGCAAGGGCUGCUGCUGCAGAAGCAGGAGUUCCUGUUGAGCGUCUCAGCAAGCUGCUUGACAUCUCUGUUGGGGUUCCUACACAGGAGGAGCCCCACCGUAGCCCUGCACGCAGUGUACCAACCAUGGAGCCGCUUUCUGCUCUUCUCUGUGCUCGCCUCCGGGGGGAGCUACCUCUUUCACCCAGCCAUCUUGGCCCUGCUGUCCCUGAUGGUGCACCUGGGCGGAGAGAGUGCGCUUGGAGAGAUGGGGCUGGCUCAACUGGUCAGCGUGGCAGAAAGGGAAGGAGUGAAGGAGCUGGAAGGCAGGGCAGCAGAGGCCCUGAAACGGCUUCUCACACAGCUGCAGGUGGGCCCCUCCUGCUGUCUGUCCGGGGAGUAUGCACAGAGGGUGCAGACCCUGCUGGACUUGCUGAGCUCAGCCCCUCCACCUGAGCUCCAGCCGGACCGGAUCCUACGUGCCGGACCGCUUUCUCUCCGCUGGUGCGACUUCGCCGUGGGAACAUAUGCACACUAAUUCAUGUGGCUAAUGCGUGGUCACGUACUGUUUCUGACACGACUGAUGCGCUGUAUUAUUCUUGGCAGUUAAAGGUUGUGAUUGCCAUCACUCGAUGCCUGAAAAUGUUCUGUUACAGUAUUCUACGAGGUUUCAAAAUACUGCCUAUCGAUUAAAUUACUUUAAAAUGCA